AUAAUCAACGAGGCAAUGCGAUAAUUGCAAUAGCUGCUGAAAUAGCUGUCAAACAAUAUAGUGACAUUGCAAUUAAUGAUGACGAUUGUAUAAAAAUAAUUGCUACAUAAGGAGUAAUCAUUGCACCAAAACGAGCCAUUGCUGUACAGUUUUUAAAUCUGGGGGAUAUUGCUGCGAUAUAUUAAAAUAUGAGUCAAUGAAUAUCAAAAAUGAUUGAACAAACGACGGCUAAUUUUCUUUCUGCUGGUAGAGUAAUUUUAGCAAGUAGCUCACCAAGACGUCAAGAAAUUAUAAAAAAACUGAACAUAAACGUUGAAGUAAUACCAUCUCAAUAUAAUGAAAAUUUAGAAAGAUCUAAAUACAAUAAUCAUGGAGAUUAUAUUAAAGAUUUGGCCAAAUUAAAAGUAUUGGAGGUAUUUCAACGAUUAAAAAAUGAUGCCAAAUUAAUUAUUGGAGCAGAUACACUUGUAUGUUACGGUGAUUUAAUUUUUGGAAAACCAAAAGAUGAAAAUGAUGCAUUUAGAAUGUUAUCUUGUUUAAAUAAUAAAGUGCACACUGUAUUCACUGGAGUAUGUUUGAAAACACCAACAAAGGAAAUUACAUUUUAUGAAUCAACUGACGUUAAAUUUGGAAAUCUUACGGAGAAUCAAAUUAAUGCAUACAUAAAAACAGGAGAACCAUUAGACAAAGCUGGAGCCUAUGGAAUACAAGGAAUUGGUGGCUGUUUAGUUGAAAAAAUAAAUGGUGACUAUUACACUGUAAUGGGUUUACCCUUAUAUUCAUUGAUAAAGCAUUUAAAUAAUCUAUGUGAUUAAUUACAAAAAAAAAAAUUUAUUUUUAAUAAAAUCAUUUU